AUGGCCAGCCUCUCCAUGCUCCCGGCCAUGGCGCUGCUGCUCCUGGAAAUGGCGGUGCCCUCAUCCGACGCGCAGCCUUCUCCCGGCUACUACCCGAGCUCGAGGUUCCGGCCAAUGGCGUUCAACCGCGGGUACCGCAACAAGUGGGGCCCGCAGCACCAGACGCUCUCCGGCGACCAUUCAGCCGUCACCAUCUGGCUCGACAAGACCUGCGGGAGCGGGUUCAAGUCGAAGCAUGCGUACAGGAACGGCUACUUCGCCACCCGCAUCAAGCUCCCCGCCGGCUACACCGCCGGCACCAACACCGCCUUCUAUCUGUCCAACAACGAGGCGCACCCUGGGUUCCACGACGAGAUCGACAUGGAGUUCCUGGGCACCAUCCCCGGCGAGCCCUACACGCUGCAGACCAACGUGUACGUCCGCGGCAGCGGCGACGGGCGGAUCAUCGGGCGGGAGAUGCGGUUCCACCUCUGGUUCGACCCCACCGCCGGCUUCCACAACUACGCCAUCCUCUGGAACCCGGACGCCAUCACCUUCUUCGUGGACGACGUGCCCAUCCGGCGGUACGAGCGCAAGACGGAGCUCACCUUCCCCGACCGCCCGAUGUGGGCGUACGGCUCCAUCUGGGACGCCUCCGACUGGGCCACCGACCACGGCAGGUACAGGGCCGACUACCGCUACCAGCCGUUCGUGGCGCGCUUCGACCGCUUCGUGGUCGCCGGGUGCGGGCCCAGCGCCCCGCCCUCUUGCCGCCCGUCCCGGGCGUCCCCCGUCGGCACGGGGCUCACGCGGCAGCAGUACGCGGCGAUGCGGUGGGCGCAGCAGCGCCACAUGGUGUACUACUACUGCCAGGACUUCCGGAGGGACCGCUCGCUCACGCCGGAGUGCUGA